AUGGCUGCUGUGCUCUUUGGCUUUGAGGAUCUGCUCUACAGCUGGGACAGCCUGGUGUGGAGCCUGACGUCCCGGGCUCUGAGGACUUGCCGCUUUGGAAACCUGAGGGUCCUGCAGCUCAUGCUGAAGCCAUGGUGCAUUUCCAGAGCCGUGUAUCAGAUGACGGAGGGUCGCAGAUGCCAAGUGCACCUCCUUGAUGACAGGAAGCUGGAGCUCCUCGUCCAGCCAAAGCUUUUGGCCAAGGAGUUGCUUGACUUGGUGGCAUCUCAUUUCAACCUGAAGGAGAAGGAGUACUUUGGCAUUGCAUUCACAGAUGAAACGGGACACUUGAACUGGCUUCAGCUGGACCGGCGGGUGCUGGAACAUGACUUCCCCAAGAAGUCAGGACCAGUUGUUUUGUACUUUUGUGUCAGGUUCUACAUCGAGAGCAUCUCCUAUCUCAAGGACAAUGCCACCAUCGAGCUGUUCUUCUUGAACGCCAAGUCCUGCAUCUACAAGGAACUCAUUGAGGUUGACAGUGAAGUGGUGUUUGAACUGGCUGCCUACAUCUUGCAGGAGGCAAAGGGAGAUUUUUCAAGCAAUGAAGUUGUAAGGAAUGAAUUAAAGAAGCUGCCAGCCCUUCCAACGCCAGCACUGAAGGAGCAUCCUUCCCUAGCUUACUGUGAGGAUCGAGUCAUUGAACAUUACAAGAAACUAAAUGGUCAGACAAGAGGUCAAGCAAUUGUGAAUUACAUGAGCAUUGUAGAAUCCCUCCCAACAUAUGGAGUGCAUUAUUAUGCAGUAAAGGACAAGCAGGGAAUUCCUUGGUGGUUAGGACUUAGCUACAAGGGGAUUUUUCAAUAUGACUACCAUGACAAAGUGAAACCAAGAAAGCACAAGGGUGUGCACAGUAAAGACAGCAGUUUUUACUGUGAGUUCUGUGAUAGGGCAUCUGUGACCAGAAGAACUUUUGGGCAUAGUGGCAUUGCUGUGCAUACGUGGUACGCCUGUCCAGCACUAAUAAAGUCUAUCUGGGCUAUGGCCAUUAGUCAACAUCAGUUCUACCUGGACAGAAAGCAAAGCAAGUCCAAGAUUCAUGCUGCAAGAAGCCUGAGUGAGAUUGCAAUUGACCUGACUGAAACUGGAACACUCAAGACCUCAAAGCUGGCCAACAUGGGGAGUAAAGGCAAAAUUAUCAGCGGCAGCAGCGGGAGUCUUCUGUCAUCAGGUUCCCAAGAGUCAGAUAGUUCUCAGUCUGCCAAGAAAGACAUGCUGGCUGCACUGAAAUCCAGGCAAGAAGCUUUGGAAGAGACACUGCGCCAGCGCUUGGAAGAGCUGAAGAAGCUGUGUCUCCGAGAAGCGGAGCUCACAGGAAAACUGCCACGGGAAUACCCCCUGGAUCCCGGGGAGGAGCCGCCUAUUGUAAGGAGAAGAAUAGGAACUGCCUUUAAACUGGAUGAGCAGAAAAUCCUACCUAAGGGGGAGGAGGCAGAGCUGGAGCGCCUGGAGAGGGAGUUUGCCAUCCAGUCCCAGAUCACAGAGGCCGCCCGGCGCCUGGCGAGCGACCCGAACGUCAGCAAAAAGCUGAAGAAGCAGAGGAAGACGUCCUACCUGAACGCACUGAAGAAGCUGCAAGAGAUCGAGAAUGCCAUCAAUGAGUAUCGCAUCAAGUCUGGGAAGAAGCCAACCCAGAGAGCCUCCCUGAUCAUAGAUGAAGGAAACAUUGCCAGCGAAGACAGCUCCCUCUCAGAUGCCCUUGUUCUCGAGGAUGAGGAUUCUCAGGUCACCAGCACAAUAUCCCCUCUGCAGUCCCCACACAAAGGACUCCCUCCCCGGCCACCCUUGCACAACAGGCCUCCUCCCCCGCAGUCCCUGGAAGGCCUGCGCCAGCUCCAUUACCACCGCAAUGACUACGACAAGUCCCCCAUCAAGCCCAAGAUGUGGAGCGAGUCCUCCUUGGAUGAACCCUAUGAGAAGGUCAAGAAACGCUCCUCACAUAGUCAUUCCAGCAGUCACAAGAGGUUCCCCAGCACCGGGAGCUGUGCCGAGGCGGGAGGGAGCAGCUCACUGCAGAACAGCCCCAUCCGGAGCCUUCCCCACUGGAAUUCCCAGUCCAGUAUGCCAUCGACGCCGGAUCUACGGGUACGCAGUCCGCACUAUGUCCACUCCACGCGGUCAGUAGACAUCAGCCCGACCAGACUGCAUAGCUUAGCUCAGCACUUUAGGCACCGGAGCUCCAGUUUGGAGUCGCAAGGCAAGCUCCUCGGCUCAGAAAACGAGACAGGGAGCCCUGAUUUCUACACGCCAAGGACUCGUAGCAGUAAUGGCUCUGACCCCAUGGACGACUGCUCUUCCUGCACCAGCCAUUCCAGCUCUGAGCACUACUACCCUGCUCAGAUGAACCCCAACUACUCCACCUUGGCAGAGGAUUCCCCAUCAAAAGCCAGAGAGCGGCAAAGGCAGAGGCACAAAUCGGCGGGCAACCUGGUCUCUUCCAAUUCAGGGAGCAUGCCCAACCUGGCUGCAAGGAAUGGGACAGGGCACCACCGUGUUUACCUGCACAGCCAGAGCCAACCCUCCUCCCAGUAUAGGAUCAAAGAGUAUCCCCUGUACAUCGAGGGCAGCUCCACACCCGUGGUGGUGAGGAGCCUGGAGAACGACCAGGAGGGACACUACAGCGUGAAAGCACAAUUCAAAACCUCCAACUCCUACACAGCAGGGGGGAUGUUUAAGGAGAACUGGCACGGGGAUGAAGUGGACUCAGUCAGGCUUACCCCCUCCCGCUCCCAAAUCAUAAGGACUCCCUCUCUGGGCAGGGAAGGGCAUGAGAAAGGCUCGGGUAGGACUGCGGUGUCGGACGAGCUGCGGCUCUGGUACCAGCGCUCCACGGCCUCCCACAAGGAGCACAGCCGCCUCUCGCACACCAGCUCCACCUCCUCGGACAGCAGCUCCCAGUACAGCACAUCUUCUCAAAGCACCUUUGUGGCACACAGCCGGGUCACGAGAAUGCCUCAGAUGUGUAAAGCAACAUCAGCUGCCUUACCUCACAGCCAGAGGAGCUCAACGCCGUCGAGCGAACUAGCAGCCACCCCACCGGGCAGUCCCCACCACAUCCUCACGUGGCAGACUGGAGAAGCAACAGACAACUCACCCACUAUGGAUGAGUCUCAGUCUCCAACCCACCAAAGUACUGAUGAAUAG